ACGGCGUGUAUACUUCGCAGAUUUCGUGUCGGAUAUCGGCCAUUUCAUUGUGCGGCGCACCAUCAUUAAGUGCAGACUGCAGUCUAGACCAUUCCUAUAAGUGACUGAAAUAGCUUUAUAUUUAUAUUAUUGAACAAUACAUUUUCAAAUUAAUCCGGCAGUUUAAUUAUUGAUAGCACGUGUGUCAUUUGAGUGUAUAAUUAUAUUUUUCGAUAAGCUAUAAGAUAAUAAGUAAGCGUUUCAAAUAUUCAAACAUGGACGACGAUGAGGACCACCAGCCAGGUCCAUCAAGAGCCAGGUUAGGCGCGAGAAACGGACAAAGAAUGCGCGGUUUCGGCGAAGGGAGAGCCCCGCGAGGACGCAAUCAAAGCGAACCUGCCUGGUCUUCGAACAUCCAAAAUAGGUUUAGAUGGCAAAGACCUGGAUCGCAAACCAGACAAUUACCUAUGCCGCUACAUAAUGCCCCAUAUUUUCCUAAUCGAUGGAGAGAACAAAGAGAACACAGAGAGCAGAGAGAGUUACCUCCUCGUGGCGAAGAUAAAAUCAAAUUUACAAAGAACGAUGGAUCGAAGGACCGUCGCGGCCAUGGCUUCGUGGGAUAUAGAAAAUUAGAAGAAAUCGCAAAUUCAGAUGAUAAUGAUAUUCUUGUUAAAGUCAAUGAAAAAAGAGCAGGAUUUUUAGAAAUCAUAGGAAAAGAGAUCGAUAAGCCAGAUGUUUUCGUAUUGACUAUAAAAAUAUUGUCAAAAAUAUGUAAAUCCUCAUUCGACCAACUGAAAUUCAAAUUAAUAUUAGAGAUAUGCAACACGGAUUUUAUAGGAAGUUUGUUAAAAUAUCUGUUGGAUUUACCAUACACAGAUAUGAAAUCGAAGAACUCUAUGUACUGGAACAAUCAAGAGGAAUUUUGGAGCAACAUCAUAACUUUUUGCGACUUUAUCAUUGCUUCGUCACCGUCCACGGCUUUCACGAAAUACAGGUCCUUGGUGGAAGCGACCAAGUCCUGCCUUAAUAAUUUGAAUGAGCAACAAGCCUUUCCGACCACUGAGCAGUAUAUCGCCAAAUUAGAUGAGUUGCGCAAGAAGCUAUCUUCAGUCAGCAGUAAGAUGGCGGCCGCACAAACAGAAAAGGGUGCUUCAAGUGACAUCCACGACGUCCAGCCUCCGGAUAACUUCCGUUGGCUAAAUAUAGUACCAAUGAGUGUGGACCUCAGCCAUCACACACCGUUUCUACGCCCCAACAUUGUCAAAGGCAGCUAUCACGACGUCGAACAUUAUUUAGACGUGCAGUUCAGAUUGUUAAGAGAAGAUUGUUUCGGACCACUCCGCGAGGGUGUUCUUCAAUUCAAGAAUGAUCCCCACAAAGGGCGCUACGACAACAUACGCGUAUUCGACAAUGUGAAAUUCGUCCAACCUUAUAUAACACAAGGCAAGGUUGGGUGCAUAGUGCAAAUCGAUAUGGGCCAAAGAAAAAAUAAAAACCUUGCAAAAAUAAAAUGGGAACAUAACAAAAGAUUCAUAUUUGGAUCAUUGGUGUUAUUUACAAAGGACAAUUGCAGAACUUUCAUUGCAGCUACUGUCCUAGAUCGCGAUUCCCGUCUACUUGCACAAGGAAAGAUACCGGUAUGUUUGGUGGAUGAGAAAUAUGACGAGGGCUUGUACAGUCAAAACGAGUCAUAUAUAAUGAUAGAGAGUGAAAUUUAUUUUGAACCGUACUACCACGUCAUGAAAGCUCUGCAGGACCCAUCAUUCGGCACGAUGUUGCCUAUGCAGGAGUACAUUGUCAAAGUCCAGGCAGAGCAUAAACCCCCUGCAUAUUUAGUUCCCGAUAAAAAGUUUGUAUUUGAUGUUGUUGAUACCAGAAAAAUGGGUACGCAACGAAACAUAGUGGCUGAGCUUGAUUUAUUAAACAGUGACAGCGACAGUGACAGUGACAACCAACCAUUGCGUUUGCGUCAAACUGAUAAUAAAUACGAUGUUUUUCGGCCGGAUACCUGGCCGUCGAUGGAGGAAUUCAACCUUGAUGAAAGUCAAUAUAAUGCGUUCAUACAUGCGCUCACGCACGAAUUUGCUGUCAUUCAGGGUCCACCUGGAACUGGGAAGACUUUUAUUGGUUUAAAAAUAACUAAGGCUUUACUCGACAACCUCGAAGAUGUAGACGGUUGUCUAAUGCUUGUGCUAUGUUACACAAACCACGCAUUGGACCAGUUCCUGGAGGGCAUAUUGAACUUCACUACAUCUGUGGCGCGCAUAGGCGGUCAAUCGAAAAGUGAAAAUAUGGUUAAUAUUAACUUAAAUAAUUUAAGAGCUAACGUGAGCAGACAUUCGCCAACUAACAAACUCUACUUUGAACAAAAAGCCGACGUGGAUGUGUCAUCGAAUGAAUUUAGAAAUGGCGUACUCCUUCUAAAUAUCCUUAAUAACGGUGUUUUGGCCUACAACUGCAUUAAAGAUCGUGCGCCAGCACUACAACUGCUGGGGGAAUAUUACGGUAACACCACUGGUGAUAUUAUGUUUCUCUGGCUUUUUGAACAUAGCCAUCAAUUUAUUAGUACUAUCGAGGAAUGUCUAGAAAAAUAUCAGGACAACGAAGAAACGGAGGAAGUGAAAGAAGAAAUAAAUAAAAGAAAAAAGUUACUUAUUGAUUAUGAUGAUUGCGAUGAUAAAACAUUAAAUAAAAUAUUGAAAAGUGAAGAACUACAAACAACAUUUUCGCUACAAAAUGCCGAAUCGAAAUUAAAAGAAAUGAUACUCUUUUACAAAGGGAAUAAAGUUCAAGACGAACUGUCUCGUCGUCGUCUCGCAAUUGAGAUUCAAGUUUUGGACAGCCAAGUUUCGAUGUUUAAGAUCAUGUCGCAGUCGAAAUCGCGGCGCGUUAACAGAAGAAUCAAUCAUCAUACAAAUUUUCAAUACAUUUCGGCAGAGGACCGCUGGGCAUUGUACUUUGAAUGGAUCGAACCCCUGGUAGAAACGAUUAGAGACAAUGUUGCAGUUUUGCAGCGUUCUUUGGCGCCCAAAAUAACAACAUUGGAAGAAUCUAGAAUGCUAACGGACUUAGAAGUGUUGAAAAAUAGAAGAGUUGUUGCGAUGACAACGUCCGGCGCCGCCAGACUGCGCAAACUGAUCAAAGCUCUUGAUCCACCUAUAGUAAUCAUCGAAGAAGCCGCCGAGGUGCUAGAACAACACAUCAUUACAUCGCUGACGAAAAAUAGUCAACACGUGAUCCUUAUCGGCGACCACCAGCAGCUGCGUCCCUCGGCGUCGCACAUGAAGCUGGCGCGCAAGUUCGACCUGGAGGUGUCGCUGUUCGAGCGCAUGGUGCGCAACGGCGUGCACAGCCGGCGCCUCGGCGUGCAGCACCGCAUGCGGCCCGAGCUCGCCGCGCUCGUGGCGCCGCACAUCUACGCCGAGCUCGACAACCACGCCUCCGUCUGCAACAGGCCCGACGUGCUCGGCCUCCAGAAAAACCUCUUCUUCUUCACUCACGAUUACAUCGAAGAGCCACAAACCGAUUCGAAUAGAAGCAGAACUAAUCAUAAGGAAGCCGAUAUAACAUUGGCUUUGGCAAAUUACAUCAUCAUGCAAGGGUACAGCGCCGAUGAAGUCACUAUCCUCACAACUUACUCCGGUCAGAUGUUUUAUUUGCGAAAAGAACGCGCUAAGUAUCAUCAUCUCCAAGGAGUCAAAAUCACAGUAGUGGACAAUUAUCAAGGCGAAGAAUGUAGGAUCAUCCUGUUAUCUCUCGUAAGAAACAAUGAGGAGGGCAAAAUAGGUUUCCUGGCCACCGAGAACAGGGUCUGCGUAGCUCUCUCGCGAGCCAAAGAAGGUUUCUAUAUUUUUGGCAACAUUGAUAUAUUGAAAAAGAAUUCGCCAUUGUGGCAGAAUAUCGCAAGAACACUUGAGAACAUGGGGAGUUUGGGCUCUUCGCUGGUCUUAAAAUGCGAACGUCAUCAAGAAUACAACACCGUGAUUAAUAAUUUAGAGGAUUUUGAAAAAGUACCCGAAGGCGGUUGUAAUCUGAUAUGCAAUCUCGAGUUGAGCUGCGGACACAACUGUGAGCUGUUCUGCCACGGAUACGAUAGAGCUCAUAAGACAAAUGCCACAAGAUGUCAUAAAAAAUGUGAAAGGACUAUUUGCGAACUAGAUCACAAAUGUCCUUACCAAUGCUGGCAGGAAUGUAAGCCUUGCGAAGUAUUGAUGACGAAGACACUUCCGUGUAAACACUUGAUGAAUUUGUACUGUCACAUCGAUCCUGAAGACAAGAGUGUAAAGUGCUGCACUGAGGUGCCGUGCACGCUACCAGCUUGCCAGCAUGCGGGUAAGAAGAUGUGUCAUGAAGACUUGGCGAAGGUUCGUUGUACUGAACGAUGCAUAUACCGCUUGGAUUGUGGACAUGCCUGCAUGAGAACAUGCCAUGUCAAUAACGACCCCGACCACGAGAAGUACAUAUGUAAGAAGCAAUGCGAGAGAAUGAAGAAUGGUUGCACCGUUGUAAGUGACGACAACCAAGAUCUCAGCAAACACGUGUGUGAUAAAUUGUGCCACGAACAGUGCUCUGAUUGCACUGUGGAGGUGGUAAAGAAGAGAACUAAAUGUAAACACAUUUACAAAGUGGCUUGCAAUGCGGAUGUCGACGCCAUUGUCUGUCGAAAGAAUUGCGCGCGCAGUCUGCCGUGUGGCCACUUUUGCAAGAGCAAAUGCUUCGAAGAAUGUGGGAACUGUGUCGAGAAGGUGAAAAAGAUAAUACCGGAAUGUGGUCACGAAAUAAUAAUAGCAUGUCACGUGGAGCCAACGCGUGCUCUUUGUAAUAGAAAAUGCGAGAGAGUGUUACAAUGCGGCCAUCGGUGCAAGAGUUUAUGCUCCAAACCUUGUGACCGCGGCGCCUGCGCAGAGCCAUCGACGGUGAAGCACGAGGCGCCGUACGGACACCGCGUCGACAUUCCUUGCAACUUGGUCGAACCACUCACUAAAGGUACAGUGCAGGCCGAGGUUUUACUGAAGCACUGCACGGAGCGGUGCGGCGCGGAGCUGGCGUGCGGCCACGUGUGCCAGGGCUCCUGCGCCGCCUGCCACCACGGCCGCCUGCACGCGCCGUGCCAGCAGCCCUGCCGCCGCCCUAUCAUAUGCGGACACGAAUGUACGGAGCCCUGUAACCAGGUUUGUCCUCCUUGCCAGCGGCCUUGCGAAGUUAAAUGUGCACAUUCUACUUGCAACAAAAAAUGUGGACAGCCCUGCACCCCUUGCAAGGAGGCGUGCACGCGGUCGUGUCCGCACGGCGCGUGCGCGCGGCGGUGCGACGCGCGGUGCAGCGUGCCGCCGUGCGAGCGCGCGUGUGCGCGGCGCCUGCCGUGCGGGCACGCGUGCCGCGGCCUGUGCGGCGAGCCCUGCCCCGACAUCUGCAAGCAGUGCCGCCCCGACGACUUCCCGCGCGGACUCAUCGGCGAGGAGUUCGAGGACGACGACAAGUUCAUCCAACUGCUGGACUGCGGACAUAUCCUCUGUGUGGACGACGCUGACGGACUGAUGAACAGCCACCCUGAGGAGGUCCAUAUCCGCACGUGCCCUAUGUGCCGGAAACCCAUAAUAAACACGAACCGAUACAAGGAUAUUGUCAACGAUUCGUUAAAAAAUGAAAUUGGGCCCAUCAAACAAAAAAUUUACGGACAUCCCAAAGAUAUAAUCCAAAAAAGAGAAGAGUUAUCGCGUAAAUAUAACGAGGCAAAGUUACAAGAGAAAGUUGAAUCGAAUGCCUGCUUAAAACAGAAAUUUUUGCAUCUGUACUCUGUGAUAACACAAAAGAAACAGGCAUCUCGUCUAGAAUUGGAGAUGCAACUGAUAUAUUUGAAUAUUCUUACACUUACAGCGGAUUGUUAUGCAACAUACAAAAAUGUGAAAUAUUUGGAAUUGAAAGGAAAGGUCGAGGAACAAAUUAUAAUGAUAUGUAGUAUUCUCGAGACGACCAGAAAGAAAUAUUUAAUGGUGAAGAAAAUAAGCGAACAACAACAAACCGACGCAUUGAAUGAAAUCAAGCGCUUGAAUUCUAUAGUUCAAUUUUCGAAGCUUCUCAGUCACAACAGUUAUAUAGCCGUGAAAGAAAAACCAGAAGUGGUCACGGCUGUAAAAGCCGCCCACGAAGUUGUGUUCAGUUUAAAAACAUUCAACCAGGAGAAAGCAACCGAAACCAUGAAGAAAUUACAGGAUACUAUCAAGGUAUCUGGCUGUUUGUCUAUGGAUGAAAUACAAAUGGUCAUAAGAGCCGUGAAAGAUAUACCGCAAUCUGGCCACUGGUUCAAAUGUCCGAACGGCCACUUUUACGCCAUCGGCGAGUGUGGCGGCGCCAUGGAGGUGAGCAAGUGCGCGGACUGCGGCGCGGCCGUGGGCGGCCGGUCACACACUCUACUGGCAGACAACGCGCACGCGCGCGAGAUUGACGGCUCGCGCUUCCCCAAAUGGUCCGAACAGUACAACAAUAUGGCUAAUUUCGAUUUAAAUAUUAUUGAAUAAUCUUCUCAUCUGUUUAUGUCCAGAAGACUAGACGGAUUUUUUAUAAAUAUUUUCUCUGACAGCAUACCUAAAUAGAUAUGUCCUAAUAGAUAUGGAUAUAAGUAAUUUUAUUAAUAUGACCUUGUAACUUGUGACUUGAGACUUGAGUAGUCCAUGUUGCUAAUAUAAUGUUAUAGGAUGUAGCCCUUAUUAGACUCUAAACUUAAUUAUUUUUUAUCAUUUUCUUGUUAUCGUUUUGCAAUAUUUUGUUUUCCGUAUUACACGUAUAAAUACUUAUACUGAGUGCAAAAAAAAUAUAGUUUUAUCUCUAAGUAUGUGAUUAUAUAAUGUUUCAAUUGGCUACAAUAAAUAUUUUUCUUUAAUAA